GGGAGGGGCGCCUUCCGGCGGAAGUACCCUGAGGGGGGCAGUGCGACGUGUGCGCGCAGCCGGGCCCGGCGCCCCGCCGCCGCCAUGCUGGACUUCUUCACCAUCUUCAGCAAGGGCGGGCUCGUCCUGUGGUGCUUCCAGGGCGUCCGCGGGCCCGCCGCCGCCGCCACCGCCCCCGUCAACGCCCUCAUCCGCUCCGUGCUGCUGCAGGAGCGAGGCGGCAGCAACUCCUUCACCCAUGAGGCCCUCACGCUCAAGUACAAGCUGGACAACCAGUUUGAGCUGGUGUUUGUGGUGGGCUUUCAAAAGAUCCUGACUCUAACCUACGUCGACAAGCUGAUAGAUGACGUGCACAAGGAGUUCAGAGACAAGUACCGCAACGAGUUUCAGCAGAAAGGCGCUCUGGGCCUCCUAAAUGGCACCUUUGAUUUUAAAGAUGACUUUUUGCGUCUCCUCCGGGAAGCGGAGGAGAGCAGCAAAGUCCGAGCUCCCACCGUAAUGAAGACGUUUGAGCAGUCUGUGAAGUCUCAGAAGACUGUCAAGUGUAUGAUAGAGACCCGAGGGGAGAAACCGAAGGAGAAAGUCAAGACCAAGAAGAAUAAAGGCUCCAAAAAGGAGGGAGCGGAAACUGUUACAGCAUCCAAUAAAGCAGCCCCGGGUGAGAAGCAGCCCUCGUCAGCUGGGGACAGGGAGGAACUGACCAAGGAUGAAAUACUGCAGAAGAACCGGGAAGAAUUCUUCAAGAGGCACAUGAAAGCAGGCGAGAAGUCCAGCAAGUCCCCGAAGCCUGAUGCGCAGAAGGAGAAGGGGAAGAAACCCCGAGUGUGGGAUCUGGGCAACUCUAAUGCCAAAGUGCUCGAUUACAGCGACUCCACUACCAAUGGGAACUCGGAGGCCUGUCCUGUGGAGGAAUUCGACCCUGAUGUGGCCCUGGGGGAUCGAAAUCGGGAGCCCGGCCGCCUCUAUGACCUUGAAUACGAGAGCGAUGAAGAAGCUGAAGAGGAGAAGGUUAUUCAGAACACUUCAAAACCCAGCACAAAGAAGGGUGGCCUGGGAGGCAUGUUUGGCAUGCUGAAAGGCCUGGUGGGCUCCAAGAGCUUGACAAGAGAGGACAUGGACCCGGUUCUGGAAAAGAUGAAAGACCAUUUGAUCGCAAAAAACGUGGCAGCCGAGAUCGCAGUCCAGCUCUGUGAGUCAGUGGCUAAGAAACUGGAAGGGAAGGUGAUGGGAACAUUCACCACGGUGACCUCAACAGUGAAGCAGGCCCUACAGGAGGCUCUAGUGCAGAUCCUGCAGCCCCAGCGCCGUGUGGAUGUCCUCCGUGAUGUCAUGGAUGCGCAGCGUCAUCGCCGGCCCUACGUGGUCACUUUCUGUGGUGUCAACGGUGUCGGGAAGUCCACCAACCUGGCCAAGAUCUCGUUCUGGCUCAUCGAGAAUGGCUUCAGCGUCCUCAUCGCCGCGUGUGACACCUUCCGCGCGGGAGCGGUGGAGCAGCUCCGCACGCACACCCGCCGCCUCAACGCCCUGCACCCCCCGGAGAGCCACGGCGGGCGGACCAUGGUGCAGCUCUACGAGAAGGGCUACGGGAAGGACGCGGCGGGGAUCGCCAUGGAGGCCAUCUCUUACGCUCGUAACCAGGGCUUUGACGUGGUGCUGGUGGACACGGCGGGCCGCAUGCAGGACAACGCCCCGCUGAUGACCGCUCUGGCGAAGCUGAUCGCGGUCAACGCUCCCGACCUGGUCCUGUUUGUUGGGGAAGCUCUGGUGGGAAAUGAGGCUGUGGACCAGCUGGUGAGUGCCGAGAGUUUUCCUGCAGGGCAGAUGGGAGCAGAAGGUGUCUGCAGGUUUUGUUGGAGGAGUCGUGGACAGCGUCAGCAUCACAAGCGCGUUUCUUGGAUGCGUUCUCUUCCUCAGGUCAAGUUUAACAAGGCGCUGGCUGAUCACUCCAUGGCCCAGACACCCCGGCUCAUUGAUGGAAUCGUGCUCACCAAGUUCGACACCAUCGAUGACAAGGUCGGCGCUGCGAUCUCCAUGACCUACAUCACGAGCAAGCCCAUCGUUUUUGUUGGUACUGGACAAACCUACUGUGAUCUGCGUAGCCUUAACGCCAAGGCUGUGGUCGCAGCACUCAUGAAGGCCUAAAAACAACGAUUGCACCAAAUUGCUGUUUGCAGAUGUCUCAGAAGAACAUGCUUUACCCCGUGACUGACUAGUCUUUCCAGUGUAGUGCAAAACAGAAUGAAGGGAUGCGGGUGCGAGAGCUGUGCUUCCCCUGCCUGCCCGUGCCUCCUGCCACUGGCUGCGUGAGCGUGAACUAGGACGGUGGCGUUUCUGGUCGUUGUGCUUGCUCCAGUUAGCUCCGUGCUCUCCUGCCAUAUUUAUUGACUACAGUUUAUUUUUGGAUAGAAGCCGUCUUCUCCAGCUGGAGCACUCGUACCUGCUCAGUGCCGGGGCUUCACCCAGUGACAGCCUUUCCCCGGGUCCCUUCAUUCUGUUUAAGUGACUCAGCCUCCCUCACACAGAGGCUGAAACCAGAGCUUUGUAUUGUUCAUGCUGUACGAGUGGCAAUGCAAGGACUUGCUGUGCUUUGGGGCUGUCCAGUUGUUAGCAGCGUCUGGGGGGUUGGUGGAGGUGCUUACCGAGCCUGUGAGCUCUGCUUCUGAUUUCUAGACCAGCUUAGGGAGGAUGCGGGCUUGUUUGUCAGGCUGGAGGCAGGCAAGCGGUCCCACAGGCCGCAGAACAGCAGCGUUAGACCAUCUGACCGGUCACAGUGCUGCUAGCUUGAUGGUGGCAGCUCACCAAAGUUGAUAAACCAAAAAUUGCAACAGCCUGCCCCCGUGCUGGGCAAGCAGGGGCUAGAGGGGGGAUGUUAAAUUGCCUUAAGGUCCCUAUUUCUGUUGUCAGUGGGAUUCUGCCGCAGGGCACCCAGGUGCCGCAUGUUGUGGCGCGAGCUGGGGAGCUGUGGCAGCUUGGUCUGACCAUCCGAAUUGAUCGCCAGAGGGCGACGAGCCCCUGCGUGUCUUCUGCCUGCUGGCCUCAGUGUUACUUGCUGCCUCAAAUAUGCUAGCAAAAGGAAAAAAAAUACUGGAAGACAAGGGUGGCUGCUUGCUGCUUCCCUGCGCCCUUUCUCCCCCUUUAGAGUGCCUCUUGAUCCCGGUCUAAAGUGCUACACUGAAUAAUACAAAACUCUCUUACAACGUCUUGUAGCUCUGUCUUGCAGAUGUGCUAUAGUGCAAUAAAUUGAAUGCUGUCUGCUAAGAGACAUAAUUUAUAAAUAAACUUCCUAAUUUGU